AUGAAGCGCAACCCCUCAACCAUGGACCGCACCAAGUCGACCUCCUCGAAGAAACCUGCCCCUGAACGUCCCGGCCUCCAACGCCGCCGCACCACCGCGCAAACCCGCUACAUCACCAUGCUCCUCGAGCUCGACGCCGUCCCCAAACUCCACAAUAUCCUCGCCUCCUUCUUCACCUGGAUCCUGCUGGCUGGCUACAUCGUGUUCCCGGCGACGUUCAACAAACUCAGCGACAAAGACCUCGAUGCCAAAGCCGACAACGCACUCAAAGAGCACGCGCUGGCGACGGUGCGCAACGUGCCGCUGCUGUACGUCGCAGCGUUUGCGUGCGGGGUCGGCGUGCUGGGGUGUGUUUGGCUGUGGUGGAAGCAUAGGGGCAACUAUGUAUGGGUGAUUAAUCGGAUUUUCCUGCCGAGUUUAAUGAAUAGUGUUGCGGGGCUUAUAUCGACGCUGGUGAAUGUGUAUUCUGCCCAGAGUGGCCAGUACUCGGUCACUGCGCGCGCGACUAUUGUGGUCACGGCGGCGCUGUCUGUCGUUGCUUCCGCGCUGUUUUUGCUGUAUAAUAGCGUGAUGUUGACGCUGAUUAAGAGGAAGCAUGAGAAGGAGACGAGGGCUUUGGAGAGAAGCAUGCAGGACGAGGAAGUGCCAGUGCCUGGAGGUGGUGUUACGAGGACUGUCUAG